AUGCCCGGGUCAGACAAGAUCACCAUCUCCAUCGAUCGCGGUGGUACCUUCACUGACGUCCACGCCGUGGUCCCGGGUCGCCCCGACAUCAUCCUCAAACUACUUUCCGUCGACCCCGGUCACUACCAGGAUGCUCCGACGGAGGGAAUCCGCCAGAUUCUUGAGCUCGUCACUGGCGAGUCACACCCGCGAGGCCAGCCGUUGAAACUUGAUCGCAUUGGGAGCUUGCGCAUGGGAACCACAGUCGCUACAAAUGCUCUGCUGGAGCGUAAGGGAGCGCGGUCCGUGCUCCUCACCACCAAAGGCUUCCGUGAUCUACUGAAGAUUGGCGACCAAUCACGACCAAACAUCUUCGAUCUCUCAAUGGCUAGACCCGGAGUUUUGCCCGAGCAAGUGGUUGAAAUUAACGAGCGUGUCGUACCAUGCCACCCCCUCGCCGACAAGGACUGCUUUCAGAAUGCUCGCAUAGUGGAGGGAACAACAGGUGAAAAGUUCCGGGUGGUACAAGAACUAGACAUUGAGGAGGUACGCCCGGUAUUACAACAAUUGAAGGAGAAGGGUUACCAGUCCCUUUCGGUUGCUCUCGUCCACUCGUUCGCCUAUCCUGAGCACGAGCGCCUUAUCGGGGAGCUGGCUGAAAGCAUGGGCUUCUCGGUCACCUUGUCAUCCAAACUCCAGCCCAUGAUCAAGGUGGUUCCCCGAGGCAUGUCUGCGGCCGCAGAUGCUUAUCUGACACCUGUCAUCAAAACCUACAUUGACUCAAUUUCGGCUAGCUUCGAGGGCGGGCUCGAGAAGCAGCACGAAUGCCGAUUUGAGUUUAUGCAGUCUGACGGUGGGCUGGUCGACUUUCGCAGAUUCAGCGGGCUGAAAGCGAUCCUGUCGGGUCCUGCUGCCGGUGUGGUUGGUUUUGCUGCGACGAGCUGGGAUCCUCAGGAGAAGACGCCAGUGAUCGGGUUCGAUAUGGGAGGCACAUCAACCGAUGUGUCACGGUUUGACGGUCACCUCGAGCACGUCUUCGGAUCCAAGGUGGCCGGUGUUCUCAUUCAGUCUCCUCAGCUCGACAUCAACACUGUUGCUGCCGGCGGUGGUUCUAUUUUGUCGUGGCGCAACGGUCUCUUCUACGUCGGUCCUGAAUCGGCGUCAGCUCAUCCGGGCCCUGCCUGCUACCGCAAAGGCGGUCCUCUGACCGUUACCGAUGCCAACCUGUUCCUCGGCCGACUGCUUCCGGAAUACUUCCCUCACAUCUUUGGACCUAAUGAAGACCAGCCUCUUGACAUUGAAAUUACGACUAAGCUUUUCAACGAGCUGACGCAAAAGAUCAAUACCGAGAGAAAAGAAAAGGGCCAAUCCGAGUUCACAGCGGAGGAGGUGGCACUAGGCUUCUUGAAGGUUGCGGAUGAGUCGAUGGCUCGCCCCAUUCGCAACCUGACGGAAGCUCGCGGUUUCGAAACUGCAUCCCACCACCUGGCAUGCUUUGGCGGUGCUGGUGGUCAGCACGCGUGUACCGUUGCGGCGUCCUUGGGAAUCUCCCGCGUUAUCAUUCACAAGUUCUCAUCUGUCCUUUCGGCGUAUGGCUUGGCGCUGGCUGAGGUGGUUAAGGAAUCGCAAGAGCCGGUCUCUACGGAGUACUCGACCUCCCAGUCCACACUUGACAAGCGCUUCGGAGACAUGAUCAAGGCGUCUACUGAAGACAUGCAGGAGCAAGGCUUUUCGGCCGACCAAGUUCGCCACGAUUUGUAUCUUAACCUGCGCUACGAGGGUUCAGAUACCAGCCUGAUGAUCCUGAAGCCUGAGGAUGACUCCGAUUUCCUCGAGCAGUUUCGUGCCAGACACCGCCGAGAAUUCGGAUUCAACUCUGACAGAUCGGUUCUAGUUGACGAUAUUCGUGUUCGCACAAUUGCCUCUUCAAAGGUUCGGACGGAGAAGAGCCCCCUCGUACAGCUGAGGGAGGCUACCUUGAAGGAUGUCAGUGGAGGUCCGGACAACACCUCGAAAGCAUACUUUGACGGAUACUCUGAGCGGAUCGAUACUCCUGUGUAUCUAUUGAACAAGCUCGAGAAGAAUACUCGGGUGCAUGGCCCUGCCGUCAUCAUUGACGAAACACAAACCGUCGUGGUGGCCCCGAAUGCCGUCGCUAGUAUUCUGGAAACUUGCAUAGUCAUCGACCUCGAGGAGCUCCCUCAUGUCAAUGGUGUUGAGGGUGGAUCCUCAGGUAUUGACCCGAUCCGGCUUAGUAUUUUCGGCCAUCGGUUCAUGUCAAUCGCCGAACAGAUGGGGCGCACGCUCCAGAAAACAUCCGUAUCUACAAACAUCAAGGAGCGUCUUGACUUCUCUUGUGCUCUCUUCUCCCCCGAUGGAGGUCUUGUUGCCAACGCGCCGCAUGUUCCGGUGCAUCUUGGCUCCAUGCAAUUUGCGGUCCGCUACCAGCACCAGAAGUGGCUCGGUGAUCUGCGUGACGGUGAUGUAUUAGUGGCAAACCACCCUAGCAGUGGUGGUACACACUUGCCUGAUAUCACUGUCAUUACACCCGUGUUCGACCGACCGGGUGGCACCGAGAUCAUGUUCUACGUGGCUUCCCGUGGCCACCACGCAGACAUUGGUGGCAUCCUCCCAGGCUCAAUGCCACCAAAGUCUACUGAACUCUGGCAGGAGGGUGCUGCAAUUGAGGGAGACAAGAUUGUCAGCAAUGGCGUCUUUGACGAGGAGCGUAUGAUGGAGCUCUUGGUCCACAAGCCGGCUCAGUACCCAGGCUGCUCCGGAGCUAGAUGCGUCAGUGAUAACCUGUCUGACCUGAAAGCACAAAUUGCAGCCAACACCCGUGGUAUCUCACUGAUCCAAGCCUUGUUCGCCGAAUACGGCGUUGAGACGGUGCAGAAGUACAUGUAUGCCAUCCAAGCCACAGCUGAGACAGCCGUCCGCAACCUUCUCAAGGAUCUGCACAAGAAAUUCGGCGGUCAACCGUUGGAGGCAGUCGACUACAUGGAUGACGGCACACCCAUCAAGCUCAAGGUCACUAUCAACGGCGAGGAUGGUUCCGCUCUAUUCGACUUUGACGGUACUGGCCCCGAGGUAUACGGCGGGUGGAACGCACCCAUCGCCAUCACCCACUCGGCCAUCAUCUACUGCCUGCGCUGCAUGAUCAACGCAGACAUGCCACUGAACCAAGGAUGCUUGGCGCCUAUUGACAUCCAAGUCCCCUCCCCUAGCAUCCUGUCCCCCACCAAGUCUGCCGCUGUGGUUGGCGGAAAUGUUGUAACUUCUCAACGCAUUACCGACGUUGUGCUCAAAGCCUUCCGCGCCUGUGCCGCUUCCCAAGGAUGCUGUAACAACCUGACCUUUGGCACCAACUCCAAGCGCGACCCCGAAACUGGCGAGACUAUCCCUGGCUUCGGCUACUACGAGACCAUCGCCGGAGGCAGCGGUGCCGGUCCCACUUGGAGCGGAGAGUCCGGUAUCCACGUACACAUGACCAACACGCGUAUCACCGACCCGGAGAUUCUAGAGAAGCGCUACCCAACACUGCUCCGACAGUUCACCCUUCGGGAGGGAUCCGGCGGCAAGGGAAAGAACCCUGGUGGUGACGGUGUGGUUCGCGAUAUCGAGUUCCUGUCGCCCAUGGAAGUGUCUAUUCUUUCUGAGAGGCGUGUAUACCGCCCAUACGGACUCGAGGGCGGCGAGGAUGCACAGCCUGGAAUGAACCUUUGGGUCACAAAAGAUGUGGAUACGGGCGUGGAGCGCGUGGUCAAUAUCGGAGGAAAGAACACUGUGUCUAUGAAGACGCACGAUCGCAUUGUAAUCAAUACUGCUGGUGGAGGUGGAUGGGGAGCUGUAUCUGCAUGA